UCCCAAUGUGAUGAUGAAAGCUGUGAAAAUGAUAACGCUAUCAGUGCUGUUGGUUUUUACAUUAGUGUAUUUGGACAGUGUUUUCUCCUUAGGCCCAGUUCCUGCUGGUACUUCGACGGGUCCUUCCUCAGAAAACGAACCCACUGAUGCUGAUCUUUAUCCAUGCUUUCGGGACCUUAAAUGCGGCCAUUUAGGAAAGGAAGCUCAAGAGAAACUGGAAAAUUGUUAUUACAUUUUGGACGAAGGGGACCGUGAAACUGGAGCCCAAUGGAUAAAUGCGGCAACAAAGGGCGCAACAACCGGGAAUGACAUAAUGGAUGUCCUUUUCCAAUGGUGCAAACUGGAUGAGCAUGCUAAGCAAUCUUCUCUCUCUGAUAUAGGUGGCAAAUGCAUAGAUCAUUUGGGGAUAAACUGUAAUGGUGGUUCCAACGAAACUUGUUUAACUUGGAGCAAAUUUAUAGAUUGUGGGUAUGAAGUUGGAGAAGAAUAUUUUUAUAAGAAACUCUGUGGCUAUACUGUAGAUGCUCUGAAGAAAAUCAAAAAAUGGUAGUCAGCAAUCAGAAAGUGAAAGCUUGAAAAUGAUUUUAGCACUUUUCAAAGUCCGAAAAAUGCUCAGCCACCAUAAAAACAAUUGUAUUGUAUUUUUAUGCUCCAGUGUAAAAGGUUAAUAAACAAAUCAUGAAAAAUCUGGAAAA